AGAGCGAGGAAGUAAGGGAGACAAUGGAGAGGGAUUGUACUUCAUAGUAACACCCAGAGUGUGUCACCAAGUACUUUAGUCUGAGUACAUAAAAGAGGUGAGGUUCUUGCUAAAGUGCUCAGAGAUUCACAAAAACUCAGAGGAUCAGACAGAAUCAAAGUGUUCAGAGGCUCAGUUUAUCAAAGGAUUUUUACACUGAUUCAGAGGCAACAAACAGGUACAGCUGCAUUCAUCCCACACUUAAACAUCGCUGACCAUGUGGACUUUUUUACUUGUACUGGUUGCUACUGGAGUCCCAGCUCCACUUCAAGCAGCGUUGAUUCAGGGACACAGUGGUAAAUGCAGCUUUGCUUGUGUUCACCAUGUGAAGGGAACCAGCCAAUAUUCUCUGACUUACCAGCAGGCUUUGGAAUUGUGUGUGAAUUUAGGCUACAAACUGGCAACAAAGGAGCAGGUUAUUGAAGCUUUUAAAAAUGGCUUGAGAACAUGCAGAUAUGGCUGGACUGAUGGCCAAAAUGUCACGUUCCUCCCACACGUCAAAGAUCCGGAAUGUGUCUCCAGUUCCACUGAGGUAACCUUCCACGCUGAAGAGGCAGAAUAUCUUUCGGACGCUUAUUGUUUUAACCCACCAGACUUGAAACCACAUGACAUCGUUCUUGAGGAGGCCAAGAUUGAAGGCUUUCUAGUAGAUGAAAAAAAGGUGAUAAAAAGGAGAAAAAGAGAAACUUCACCUCUGAAUGAUGACGUAAUUCCCACUCCAGAUGGUUCAAACACACCGCAAAAUGUAGAAUCAACUCUUCAGACUUCAGACUCUAAAGAUCCAGAACUGGUCAGUAUGGACCCUAUAGGCAAUGAAGAUUUCUCCACUACAAAAUCAGAAGAGCAACCAAUUGAUAUGGAGCACCCAAAAACACAGGGGGAAAACAGUGACACACAUUCAGCUGUCCCUGAUUCAGCCAAUGAAACCAUGAAACCUUCUACUGUUCCUUCCUUGGAGGAACCCAAUAAAGGAAAAGACACUGAAGACACCAAAGGUCCUACAAACAAGCCCCACAUUGGGAAGAGAUCGAUCGUCCCUAAUAUCUUGUUCCCUGAGACAGAGGGCAGUGGAUCAGGAACAGAAACUGGAAUACUGUCAGAAGCUCCUGAGCCUACUCAAUACACUACAAGCCCAUUUACUACAGAGGCAGCUGAGGAAGAAUCCUUCCAAAACAUUGAGGAGGUUUUAAAACAGAACACCAAUCCUGAAGCUUCAGGUGAAUCUAAAAGCCGAAAGAAUGUUCCAGUUUCACCUACAAACCCAUCUGCUCAAGAGGGGGAGGGUACACCUGCUUGGCUGAUAAUCUUUGCAUUCUGUGUGGUUGUUGGAGCCAUACUGUGUCUAUUUGCUGCCAUUGCCACUAAAGACAUGUGGUACGGACCAAGACAGAGCAAAAACGCAAUGUCUGAAGAGUACAGUAAAGCAGUAACUAUGCGACUGUCAGAGAAAGAGCAGGAGAUAGUGACAUUGAUGAGCUUUGGCAAUCUGAAGAAUGAUACAAAGGAGGACAAUACAGUUACCUGUGUGGAUAAGUGUGAGACAGAAUAUUUGAUGUAGCACAAGCGAGGCUAAAUAGAGGAAUUAUUAUGGACAUAAAAUGCCCGGCUUUGACUGAAGCACUCAAAAUGUAUCGAAACCAAAUAUACAUUAAAAGAGCUUAAGACGGUGUAUUCGGGAUUUUGGUAAACUCUGCUGCUCUGUUUAAAUGCACUCAUAUUGUUAGGAUUUUUACUGCAAUUUGCUUCUGUUAUGUUGCUACAGUGUCUUUGUCAUCCUGUUUUUACAUUUCUUAUUUGUUUUCCUGGGAGGCCCAUUUCUAAAGUAUUAUUUUUUUCAAUAGUACAUAAUUAAUGCUCAUCUCUUAUUGACUUAUGGUUAAGUAGGUAAUUUUUUGUACUGGUUGUCAACAUCCAUUCGUAAGUACUAUGUACUGUGUGAGAUAAGAUAAAUAUUUUGAAUGUUAGAAGAAACUGCAAUGCCUUCAAGGAUACAGAAAUAAUUGACAAUCUAUAUUGCAUUGAAGCAAUUGUGAAUCUUUGCAAAAGGCAUUUAUUAAAGUACCCUUAAUGUAUUUUGAGUUAUGAGCCUUUCAAUAAAAAUUUUCAA